AUGUCUUACAAUAAAAAAAUUAAGAAAUUAACUUCCAGUCAAGUUAAAGAACUUCGACAAGCAUUUGAUUUAUUCGAUGCGGACGGCAGUGAUGACCUAUCACUCCCUGAAUUAAAAAAAGCAUUAGCAGCCUUGGGUGUUACUGUCUCUGAUCAUGAAGCACGACAGAUGUUUGCAGCAAUUGAUUUAGAUAAGAAUGGUCGAAUUGAGUUUGAGGAAUUUGCUGAAGUUGUCGCCGAUUCUUAUUUCAAAAAAUUUACACGUGCAGAAAUCGUUGAAGCAUUUCGACGUUUUGAUCAUAACCGUGAUGGUUAUAUUGAAGCUGACGAGUUAAAAGUUAUUUUAGCAAAACUUGGAAGAAAUUAUUCUAAUGAAGAAAUUCGUCGCAUGAUUGCUCAAGUGGACCGAGAUGGCAAUGGAAAAAUAUGCAUUGAAGAAUUCGCGGCGCUUAUUGACAGAGAUUCAUAA